CACUGUUGCAGAGGUCAGGAGGACUCUUCAGAGCUAUGAGGGCAGGAGACUUCUCUAUAGGCCCUAUGGAAUUCUAAAUCUUGGGUGAGAAAAGCAACAUGGAGGGUGAAGGAGCCAAGCUUCUGCCAAGCCCCACCUACCAUGGCCAGACUACAACUGGACAAUGGUUGACCAGGAAAGCUUGAGAACCAAUCAUGGCCGAGUACGGGACCCUCCUCCAGGACCUGACCAACAACAUCACCCUUGAAGAUCUGGAACAGCUCAAGUCAGCCUGCAAGGAGGACAUCCCCAGUGAGAAGAGCGAGGAGAUCACUACUGGCAGUGCCUGGUUUAGCUUCCUGGAGAGCCACAACAAGCUGGACAAAGACAACCUCUCUUAUAUCGAGCACAUCUUUGAGAUCUCCCGCCGUCCUGACCUACUCACUAUGGUGGUUGACUACAGAACCCGUGUUCUGAAGAUCUCUGAGGAAGAUGAGCUGGACACCAAGCUAACCCGUAUCCCCAGUGCCAAGAAGUACAAAGACAUUAUCCGGCAGCCCUCUGAGGAAGAGAUCAUCAAAUUGGCUCCUCCACCGAAGAAAGCCUGAGCAAGGGGGAGGAAGAGGAGGAAGGUUGGACCUUCAUCAGACCAUUCUCUUCCCCCAUCCUCCAGGGGAGGGGGCAAGGGCAUCCCCCCCCCAUCUACCCACUUACUAACCUGGUCCUAACCCCCUUACUGUGCGCGUGUGUGUGCGUGUGCGCACGCUCUGGCUGUCUGUCUAUAUGUCUAGCUCAUCUAGUUCCUCCUCCUUGUGAGGGGAUGGGGGUCAGGGGCUGGGGGUGGGGGAGCUCAGUUUCCCCACUCUAGGGGGAGUUGGGGGCUAUUUCUAUGCAAAUAGAAAUGGGCACAUUCCUCCUACUUCCCUUUCCUCCACUCUUCCCCCACCUCUCUAAAGUGUGGGAGCAGAAAAGGGCCUGUAUUUUCCUACAAUGAGGCGGCGAGGUAGGAGUGAGGCAUGGGAGAGGUGGGUGAAUCGAAUGAAAAGCAGUGAGAGGGAAGAUGAAGAGGCUACCCAACCCCCACCUGGAAGGGGCAAAGAAAAGCCAGAGUUUGUGUUUGUACCCCAAAGCUGGACUGGCUCAGGAGUCCAGUUUCCAGUAGUUCCUCAGGUUGGAGGGCCUGGGCACCAGCAGGUCCCUUUUUGCUCCCCUCUCAUGGGCCUACGGUGGGUAUGAGCCAGGGACCUAAAGAGAGAGGAUCACUGGAUCCUUCCCUGGCCCCAAAGUUCAAACCCCAUGGAGAACCCAGCAUUAGAUACCCCCCACCCACCUCUGCUCUGGAGAGACUGUGCUGGGAACACACCCCAUCACUGAGCCUGAGUGGGGAUGAAGGCAGAGAGGAGUUCCCUGUUCCACUCCUUUAUUCCUACUCAGACUGUUGCACAGGAGUCCCCUGAACCUAGGGAGGUUGGGGAAUAGAGAUCCUUAGGUUUUAACUCCAAUCCUGCUCCCACUUACAGAGUCCCUACGUGGUUAUUGCAGGCAACCUUCCCUCUCUCCAUGAUCUAGAACCCCCUCUCCCCCAAGCCAGAAAGAAGGGAAGAAGCUAACUACAGUGUUUUCCGUUGCACUGAUCCCCAAUUCAGUCCAGGAGGGGACUCGGUAACCCCUCUCCCUCAAUAUCCUGGCACCUUGGGCUUAUGAACCCCUCCUAGCCAAAUCACUAGAGUACAGUGACCCCAGCCUCCUGCCUGUCCCAAGAUAGCCAUCCCCACCCUGACCGUGCUAACUGUGUGUACAUAUAUA